AUGGCAGUUACGAACCAGAUCCAGCAGUUUGUUGCGACAGCCAGCAAGGUGCGCGACUUUGUCAAGGACCAUGGCGGCCACACAGUGAUUACCCGGGUGCUGAUUGCCAACAACGGCAUUGCGGCGGUCAAGGAGAUCCGCAGUGUGCGGCAAUGGGCGUAUGCGACGUUCGGGGACGAGCGCGCAAUCGAGUUUGUGGUGAUGGCGACACCCGAGGACCUCAAGGUCAACGCCGAGUACAUCCGCAUGGCGGACCAGUACGUCGAGCGCACGGGCGCGCAUGCGGUCUGGGCCGGAUGGGGUCACGCCUCGGAGAACCCGACGCUGCCUGAGUCCCUGCGCGACAGCAAGAGCAAGAUUGUGUUUAUUGACAAGAUCUCGUCGACCAUUGUCGCGCAGCACGCGGAUGUGCCCACGAUGCCGUGGAGUGGCGACGGCAUUACCGACACGUUCGUCAACGAGCUCAACCACCUCGAGGUGCCGGAACAGCGCGGCCUGGAGCAGGCCAAGCGCAUUGGGUUCCCGGUCAUGAUCAAGGCCAGUGAGGGCGGCGGCGGCAAGGGUAUCCGCAUGGUUUCGAAGGAGGCAGAUUUUGUGUCGGCAUUCUAUCAGUGUCAGGCCGAGCUGGCUGGCGAGUCGCGUCACUUGGAAGUACAGGUGCUGGCUGACCAGUACGGUAACGCGAUCUCCCUGUUUGGUCGUGACUGCUCGGUCCAGCGUCGCCACCAGAAGAUCAUUGAGGAGGCGCCUGUGACGAUUGCCAAGUCUGACACAUUCGAGCAGAUGGAGAAGGCGGCAGUGCGACUGGCCAAGCUGGUCGGAUACGUCAGUGCUGGAACUUUCUACUUCCUCGAGCUGAACCCGCGUCUGCAGGUGGAGCACCCGACCACCGAGAUGGUGUCUGGGGUGAACCUGCCAGCAGCGCAGCUCCUGGUAUCCAUGGGUAUCCCGCUGCAUCGGGUGCGCGAUAUCCGGCUGCUGUACGGCCUCGACCCGCAGGGCAGCUCAUCGAUCGACUACGAUUUCUCGUCGACACGGGCAAACGAGGUGCAGCGCAAGCCGCAGCCGAAGGGCCACGUUAUUGCGCCAAGCAGCGGCAUGAUGCAGUCGCUGAACUUCCGCAGCUCGACCAACGUGUGGGGGUACUUCUCGGUGUCAGCCAACGGCGGUCUGCACGAGUUCGCCGACUCGCAGUUCGGGCACAUUUUCGCGUACGGUGCGAGCCGCGAGCAGGCGCGGCAGGCGAUGGUGGUCGCGCUGAAGGAGAUCUCGAUCCGCGGCGACUUCCGCACCACGGUCGAGUAUCUGGUGCGGCUGCUGGAGAUGUCGGAUUUCAGCGGCAACCGGUUCACCACAGCCGAGCGGCUGCUUGCCGAGUUCAAGACAGGCGAUGGACCGCGGGCAGGCACCGAGCAAGGCGCUUUUGCGCACGACGGCGUGCGGUACCGGUUCAUUGCAAACCGCACCGGGCCCACGGGCUGGAUCCUGUACAUUAACGGGUGCAAUGUGGCAGUGGUGCUGGUGCUGCUUGACGGCAAGAGCCACACAUGCUAUACGCGCGAGGAGGUAGGCGCGACGCGUCUGCUUGUUGACCCGACGCAGCUGCGGUCGCCGUCGCCUGGUAAGCUGGUGCGGUUCCUGGUGGAGUCAGGCGACCACGUGAGCGCUGGUGAGGCGUACGCAGAAAUCGAAGUAAUGAAGAUGUAUAUGCCCUUGACUGCAUCUGAGGACGGCAUCGUGCAGUUCGUGCUCGGUAUCCUGACCCUGGACGACCCGUCGCGUGUCAAGCACGCGAAGCCGUUCGAGGGCCAGUUGGCGACCUACGGACCGCCGCAGGCGUAUGGCAGCAAGACUCAUCAGCGGCUGCCGACGCUGCUACAGAAGAUCGCGGCGUUGCUGGAGAAGCCUGAGCUGCCGUUCCUCGAGAUUGGCGAGGUUCUGUCGGCGCUAUCGAGCCGGCUGCCGGCCAAGCUGACAAGCACAUUGCAGGAGGAGAUCAGCAAGGCGCAGCAAUUCAACAGUGGGUUCCCCGCAAAGGAGAUGCUGGCGAUUCCGGUGAUGCAGGUGCUGGAAGACUACAAGGAAGGUCUGGUUGUGCAUGAGCGCACAGUGUUCCUGGGCCUGCUGCAGCGGUACAUUGACGCUGAGUCGGUGUUCUCCAGCGCAAUCAACGAAGAAGAAGGGUUCUUUGCGCUGCGCGAUAUGCACCGCGACGAGCCGGCCAAGAUCAUCGACGCGAUGAUUUCGCACGCAGGCGUGGGAACCAAGAACAAGAUUAUCCUGGCUAUGCUUGACGUGAUCCGGCCGGUAUCGACACAGACCGGCAGCCUGGACCCGGCGUACGAGGAGGUGCUGAAGAAGCUGACUGGGCUGCACGCGAAGGUGCUGCUGCAGUGCCAGGUGCCGUCGCUGGAGGAGCGCAAGCGGCAGAUGGAGCAUAUUCUGCGGUCGGCGGUCACGGAGACGAUCUAUGGAGGCGGCGAGGAGUUCCGCACGCCGAGCUACGACGCAAUCAAGGAUCUGAUUGUGACCAACUACUACGUGUUUGAUGUGCUGCAGAGCUUCCUGUACCACGCAAACCCGUGGGUGCGGCUGGCGGCGCUGGAGGUGUAUGUGCGGCGGGCGUACCACAUGUACAGCCUGGACCUCAAGCGCAUCAUGAGCGUGUCGGACCUGAACUUUGCCGUGGACAAGGACGCAGAUCCGCAAAAGUACCUGCGGCAGGGUGCCAUGGCCUCAUUUGACACCGAGGCGAACUCGCGCGCCGAGUCACCGGCACUGGGCAUGCGUUCGCAGAGCCGGUUCGCGCCGAUGAGCGCCCUGACGGGCACUGAGUCGCCUGCAAGCAAGGGUGCGGCGACGCCGACCGGGCGUGGGACGUCGCGGUUCGGACACGUUAUCAACAUCGCCAUGCAGGUGCCGCAGGACGACCCGUUCGACGACGACACGUGGUCGUCGCGUCUGCAGUCCUUCACGGCCGCCCACUCCUCAGCGCUGCGCGACGCAGGUAUCCGGCGCCUGACAUAUGUGCUGCAGCGGUCGGGGCAGCACCCGGGAACAUUCACGUUCCGCGAGAAUAUUGAUUUUGGCGAGGACAAGACGAUCCGGCAUAUUGAGCCGGGCCUGGCGUACCAGCUGGAGCUGCCGCGGCUGGCGAACUUUGACAUCCGGCCGUGCUUCAACGACAACCGGACAGCUGCAUAUCUACCAUGCCGGUUCUUUGUGCGGGUGCUGGUGCGGCCGGGGCGGCUGCGCACGGCGGUGCAGACGGUGGACUACUUGAUUUCGGAAACGGACCGGCUGCUCAGCGAUAUCCUUGAUGCGCUGGAGAUCCUGUCGUUUGAGCCGGCGUACCGCGGGUUCCUGGAGCGGCACGGCAAGCGGCUGUUCCGGCUGCGCGUGACGGCAGCAGAGAUCCGGUUCCUGGUCCAGACUGGCUCAGAAGAUGACAUGCCGACACCGUUCCGGUUCUGCAUCUUCAACAAGUCCGGGUUUGUGCCCAAGCUCGAGAACUACAUUGAGGUGCGCGAUGGCAACGGCGAGUGGGUGUUCCAGUCGCUGGAUGUGCCCGCGGGAUCGUAUAAUGGCAAGCUCGUGUCGACGCCGCACCAGCCCAAGGAAUGGCUGCAGCCGAGACGCUACAAGGCACAUGUUAUGGGCACCACCUAUGUCUACGACUUCCCCGACCUCUUCCGCCAGGCAGUAUCGGUGCAGUGGGCGCGCACGGCCAAGCUGGCCAAGCAGGCUGGCGCCAGUGUGCCUGGCACCCCGCUAUCGCUGCUGGACGCGCAGGAGCUGGUGUGGGACGAGGCUUCGCAGACGCUGGUCGAGAGCGACCGCGACGCUGGCCGCAACACGUGCGGAAUGGUGGCCUGGGUAUGCACCAUGUAUACGCCUGAGUCGCCGCAGGGCCGGCGUGUGGUGGUGAUUGCCAACGACAUUACGUUCAAGAUCGGUUCAUUCGGUGUUGAGGAGGACGAGUUCUUCUACCGGGCCACGCAGUACGCACGCACGCACGGGCUGCCGCGUGUCUACCUGUCAGCCAACUCGGGCGCCCGCAUCGGCCUGGCCGAGGAAGUUCGCGAGUUGUUCCGUCCUGCUUGGCGCGAUGCCCAGGACCCUGCCCAGGGCUUCGAGUACCUGUAUCUGACUGAGGAGGACCGCGACAAGCUAGAGUCCAUGGAAGCCGGCAAGGUGCGGUCGGUGAUCACCGAGCCCGUGACCACGGCCGAUGGCGAGGUGCGCCAUCGCCUACGCACGAUCGUCGGCGCUACCGACGGGCUUGGCGUCGAGAACCUGCGCGGCUCGGGACUGAUUGCUGGCGCCACAUCGCGGGCAUAUGAGGACAUUUUCACGGUGACGCUGGUCACAUGCCGCUCCGUCGGUAUCGGCGCCUACCUGGUGCGUCUGGGCCAGCGCUCGGUCCAGAACGAGGGCCAGCCGAUCAUCCUGACCGGCGCUCCGGCGCUCAACAAGGUGCUGGGCCGCGAUGUGUACUCGUCGAACCUGCAGCUGGGCGGUACCCAGAUCAUGUACAAGAAUGGCGUGUCGCAUCUGACCGCCGACAACGACUUUGCUGGCAUCUGCAAGAUUGUGCGCUGGCUGGCGUUUGUGCCCACGGCACGUGAUGCGCCCCUACUGCCUAUCGGCUACGAGCCGCCUAGCGGCCCGUCCGACCCGCGGCUGUUCCUGGCCGGAGCCGAUACCGAGCAGGGCUGGCUGUCUGGGUUCUUCGAUCGUGGGUCGUUUGUCGAGACGCUAGGCGGGUGGGCGCGGACUGUGGUUACAGGACGCGCCCGUCUGGGCGGUAUCCCCAUGGGCAUUGUGGCCGUGGAGGGGCGCACGGUCGAGAAUGUGAUCCCGGCGGACCCUGCGAACCCGGCGUCUGAGGAGCAGGUUCUGCAGGAGGCCGGCACCGUGUGGUACCCGAACAGUGCCUACAAGACCGCCCAGGCCAUCUUUGACUUCAACAAGGGCGAGCAGCUGCCAUUGAUGAUCUUUGCCAACUGGCGCGGUUUCUCGGGCGGCCAGCGCGACAUGUUCAACGAGGUGCUAAAGUACGGUGCCUACAUUGUCGAUGCCCUGGCGCAGUACCGCCAGCCAGUGUUUGUCUACAUCAUCCCGAACGGUGAGCUGCGCGGUGGAGCCUGGGUGGUGGUCGAUCCGACCAUCAACCAGGAGAUGAUGGAGAUGUAUGCUGACGAGCAGUGCCGCGCAGGUGUCCUGGAGCCCGAGGGAAUCGUCGAGAUCAAGUUCCGCAAGCCGCAGAUGCUCGCCUGUAUGGAGCGCCUGGACCAAAAGGUCCGCGAGCUGCGCCAGGCCCUGGCCAGCCCCGACCUGGCGCCUGAGCAAAAGGCCGAGCUCAAGAAGGCCCUGGACGAGCGCGAAAAGGCCCUUUUGCCUGUCUACACCCAGCUGGCCGUGCAGUUUGCUGAUCUGCAUGACCGCGCUGGCCGCAUGGUCGCCAAGGGCGUGGUCCGCAAGGAGCUGCAGUGGAAGCAUGCGCGUACCUUCUUCUACUUCCGCCUCAAGCGCAGGCUCGCCGAGGAGUACCUGCUCCGCGAUAUGGCCAAAACGAGCCCCGGCAUGGAUCGCGAGGAGCAGAAGGCCAUCUUGCAGGCCUGGUUUGAGCAGAGCAACUCGGAGGCCUACGACGACGACCGCGCUGUUGCUGCCUGGUAUGAGAACCGCCAAGAUCUAGUCGCGCAGCUGAUGCGUGCCUGGAAAUCCCAGGUUGAGGCCGCCAAUGUCGCCGCCAAUGUCGCCGGAGCCACCGACGAUGCCCUGCUGGCCGCCCUGCAGCAGCUGUCGCCGGAGCGCCGCAAGCAGCUCCUGACCAAGCUCUCCCAGUGA